UAGCACCUUAAAGAGAAAGAAUUUUGCUUCUCUUGCUAUACCCUACAGACUGUUUAAGUAUAGACUCUGAGACAAAAAAUUUUCGAUUACAUAAUGAUCUUUGUUUUUGUUUUUCCUCUGUUAAGCCAUCGUGGUCGUCUUAAGCAGCAGUGUACAAGUAAAUCGAGCAACCACAAUUACAGUUUUACCCAGCUCAAUGGUGUCUUCCUCAUCAGUACUCCAAAGGGAUUUUACCACGAUGCCUUCUUGGUCUGUUGUAAGAACUAGCACGUCUUCCUUUCAAUCGACUUCCGUUGUUUAUUCAUCCCCAAGAACUUUUCCUUCAUCUCCCGCAUCAAGCAUUACGAACAGUGUCGUACAAUCGAAAUUUACAAAGACUGUUACUACCUCCGUGAGUUGCGUGACACUAACGUCUUCAAUACCUGUCACACAGUAUAAACAUACAGCAGUGCAUGUCACACCAACAAAAGUGGUAAUUACCCGUAUACGAGGAAUUCUAAGUAUGACGAUAAUCACGGUGAUAGCAAGUGUCCUGGGAGUAAUCCUUCUAUUGCUCUUAGCUAUUAUAGUAAGUAUAACUCUGAUUUUUUAAAUACUGCACCGUCUUCAUCACAGGUGCAUUACCUUGAAUAAUUCUCCGCAAUAACCGAGAUAGCCAGCAACGAAAAAUUAGUGAAGCUCCCAAAGCUCAUGAUCAUCCCAAAGAUAAAUUUAAGAACGAGUCCAAUAGAAUCUGUAAUCCAGUCUUGGAGCGGAGCCUGCUUAAAACUUCUGAUAAAGCCACAAUGUAACCAAGUAAACGACAAGUUACGAAAUUCUCAUCAGCUCCUCUUUACCUACCUUCAUAAUAGCCCCCCCCCCCUCCCCUUGGGAGGGGGGGCAAUAAAGGGUUAAAAGAGCAAGAAAAACAGUUACAUACUCAGUUCUUGUUAACUGCUAAAUUUAACAAGCAUCUCGCCCUCGAUGUCGAAAACAGAUGCGCUUAAUUGACACUGGCGAAAUUAUUUCAUCAACGUCACCAUCUCCGACCCAACCGUGACAUUUACAAGCAUUACUCAAAAUCUUUACCGAAGUCUUUUGUUUUCAGAUUUGGGAUCUGUGUAUUGUGCACGUAUUGCCAUGGAGGCCGACAUCACGUGUGGAGCCUCGUGGUGAUGUGUCACAUGUUCGUAGUGAUAUGGUCUGAGCAUGACAGCCAUGUACUUACCACUAGUCAAGGGGCAUGUACGACGCGAUGCAACUUCAGACAAUUUUUUUGGUCUCUGUGGUAUCGAUGUCAUGAGGGCACCUCUGAUCUAUUUUGAGACAGUCAUAAGUCAUGAGAAUUAAGCAUCAACUAAGUGAAUAAAAUAAUAGAAGAUCCAUGAUCGAGUAGGCAAGGGCGAUAGUUUGUAUGAGAGAAAACUUAGACACAACAGCCGCCAGUGACAAUCGAGUCAGCGGUAUUUAUCAUUAGCUUCAAGAGGGGAGUCAUUUGUCGGUCGAGCAUAAAAUUGACCAAUCAGUGUUCACUUAAGCUAGACCCACUUCGUUCUGAUGUCAAGAUGACUAAAUCCCAUUCGCGUUGCCCAAACAUCAGUCACUCUUAUCGAUAAUAUUCCUCUUCAGACUGAUCUGAACGCCACUAUCACUGUUAAUACUGAGUUGACACUCUAUUGUGUAAAAGAACAGUUUCUCUCGGAAAAAUGCAAUAAAUGUUGGGAAUACGAAAAAGGACUGAAAUUUGUCACCAGAAACCUUCAGUAGAAUCCACAUUACGUUGUGUUAAAAAUUUGUAAA